AUGACCAUUUGCCGCGGGAAGGUGCGCAACGAGCCGUCGCGGGCAUCGUCACCGUCAUCAUCGUCGGAUGACGAAAGUGACAAUGUCGAGAUGCCGACCGUCCAAGACGGCAAGCAACAGGCCGAAGACGUCUCCGCAAUCGCCACUGGAUUCUCCAUCGCAGGGUCCGUCGCGCGGUUUGACGGAGGCACACUGCAUGGGACCUCCGUAGGUGUGCGCUACGCAGUCCCCGUGUCGUGGCACAACUUGAUCUACACUGUGCGAGGCCGCAAGAUCCUCUGCGGUCUCACGGGCACUGCGCUGCCGUCGAGGUGUCUUGCCAUCAUGGGCGCCAGCGGUGCGGGAAAGACGACGUUUCUCAACGCCAUCAGCGACCGACUGGCAUCAAAACGCACGAUGAAGCUACAAGGGACGCGGCAGCUGGGCGACGUAGAGUUCAAGCACCACUACCGAAAAUUGAUGGGCUUUGUUGGGCAAGACGAUAUCCUCUCACGUUUGGCAACGCCGGAGGGUUCCCUUCGAUUCUCGCUUCGUGUGAGGCGUGGCACAACGGAGAAAGAGACAAGCGAGCGGGUUGAAGAGACACUACAGGAAUUGCGACUUUUGCAUUGCCGUGAUACAAUGGUUGGUGUCCCUGGUCUUGUUGCUGGUCUUUCGGGUGGUGAGCGUAAGCGCACCAACAUUGGUGUAGAGCUCAUCUGCGACCCCAAAAUUCUGCUCCUCGACGAGCCCACCUCCGGUCUGGAUUCCGUGACAUCGGUGAAGAUUGCACACCUUCUGAAUACCCUUUCCCGUACCGGCCGCACAGUGAUCUACACCAUCCACCAGCCAACAGCGGAAACGCUGACAUACUUUGACGACAUUAUGCUCCUUGUCGAGGGUCGUUGUGUGUACCAUGGGACGAUGGAGAACUCUGUUUCCUACUUCGAAUCAAACGGCUACCCCUGCCCGGACAGAUACACUCCGACCGACUUCUAUAUGACCCUUCUUCAGGAUGAAGUCCAUUCGAAGGUUCUUAUUAAGAAAUGGAAGAAGUUUUUAAAACACGGAAAGCGAACGCCUCACACAACUGCUGUUGAGCUGAACCCUAUACCAGAACAAUCUGCUACCACACAAUUCAUUAAGGGAUAUAUUGAGCAUUAUGAGAGCACGGCAUGGAUCCAGUUCACAGAACUUAUGCGUCGCAAUGCAGUGGAGCUGACCCGGAAUCAUGUCUUUUUGUUCUCCAGUUUCAUACAGGCGAUUUUCUUUGCCCUUCUCGUGGGGCUCAUUUUCCUGAACAUUAAGGAUAAUAUUGCGGGUGUUCAGGAUCGUCAAGGUGUAAUUUUCAUGGUUGUCAUGAACCGCGCAAUGGGGCAAACCUUCGUCAUGAUCAACGCCUUUAUCAACGACAAACCGCUGUUCCUUCGAGAGCAACAUGUUGGGGCGUACUCAGCUUUCAUGUAUUUUCUGACGAAAACGUUGGUGGAGUUCCCCGUGCGUGUUAUAUUUGCAUUUUGUGAGUGCUGCAUUCUGUACUGGAUGGCAGGUCUACACAACAGUGCUGGGGCGUUCUUCUACUACUUUGGUGUCAUCGCACUGCUUACAGAGGUGGCCUCAGGUGUUGGUUUUGCAAUUAGUGCAACGCUCCAGAACCGUGUUGUUGCCUCUGCAGUUGCACCAGUGGUUAUGUUGCCUCUUGCUGUUGCGGGUGGUCUUUUUGCGAACACCGAUCGCCUGCGGCCGUAUUGGUAUUGGUUGGAGAAGCCAUCCUUUAUACGGCACUCAUUCAUCCUACUCGUUCGCAAUGAGAUGAGAAAUCUCAAGUCCAUUGAUUGCGAUAACGUCUCCCAUGGUGCAGAAUACUGUAGUAACCAGCCUCAGAAUGGUGAAGAGGUCUUGCAACGCCUUGGAUUUGAAGAGCCUCAGUCAGUUGACUGGAUCAUGUGGGUUUCAAUGGUCAUUCUGUACUUCUUCUUUCGUAUUAUCGUGGUCAUUGCCCUCUCUCUCUCUGCACGGUCAAAGUUUUAG